AUGCGGUCUAUCCUAAUCAUCAACCCAAACUCCACGGAGCAAAUGACAAACGGCCUAAAGCCGCUCGUCGAUGCCCUGCAAUUCAAAGACCUAGAGAAACAACAGACCGCGCACGAAUACUUCACCGCCCCCUCGGGCCCCAAAAGCAUCAACAACGAAGACGACGCCGCGGAUUCUGUCCAGCACUGCCUGCCCGCCUUGCGAAAAGACCUCCUCGACCGCCACGACGCCUUCCUCGUCGCAUGCUACAGCCAGCACCCACUUGUGCCCCUCCUCAAACAGGAAGCCGCUGUGAAGAACACACGGAAACCUGUCACCGGAAUCUUCGAAGCCAGCGUCGCCGCAUCGCUCCAGGCUAUCCACCCAGACGAGAAAUUCGGUAUAGUAAGCACGGGUAAAGUCUGGGAGUCCAUCUUGACAGAUGCUACCACAGCGUUUUUGGGUACGGGGACGGAAGCUAAUAAGAGGUUUGCCGGCGUGGAGACUACGGGGCUUAAUGCGACGGAUUUGCAUGAUGCGCCUGCCGAGGAGGUGAGGAAGAGGAUGAAGGAUGCUGUCAAGAGAUUGUUGAAGAAAGGGGGCGUGGGUGCGGUUUGUUUGGGAUGUGCGGGUAUGGCGGGAAUGGAUGAGAUGGUUAGGGAGGCUUGUGUGGAGGAGUUAGGGGAGAGCGAGGGGGGAAGGGUGAGGAUUGUUGAUGGGGUUAUGGCGGGGUUGCGUGGUUGGAGGGGCUGUUAG